AUGAUCGACGCCAAAGUACAAUCCACCAAUUUUUACUCGACUGGCUACAUUGCCACCACGAACGACGGAAACAACGUUGACAAUACAUCCAACGACUUUGACCUCAUUUACAGUCUCGCUAUGCCUUCUGCCUCUGAUCACCGCAGACAAGGACAGUUGCUCGAUUCACUGGCCUGGCUCGAAGGUGUUCCCAACACGCCCUCGCCCCUCGGUUGGGACGACGUUGAUCUGGACUGGGAGCAGCCGGCGCAAUCGUCAGCGCAACUGUCGUCGCAACAUCCUGGCCCUCGGGAUUUCGUGCUCGACCCGCCUCUGUUCCCCUCGCCCACGUCCCUCCUGCAGAGCGCCUGGGCGUCGCCGUCCAACUCGCAGUCUCAGCUGUCUCUCUUGUCUCUGUCGCCCGCCUCGUCCACAACGCUGGAUGCCGACAGCCUGCUGAGCUUUGACGUCGCCGCCGUACCUGUGUCUGCACCUGCAUCCGAGGCCCAGGGCACCAUGUCCGACGCCGAGUUCCAGCUGCUGCUCGACGGCCUGUCACCCGAGGACAUGGCCUCCAUGAUGCUGCCGACAACGCAGCUGCUGUGUGAGCCGGCUGUGUCUCUGCCCAUGUCUGUGCCCAUGUCUGUGCCCCUGUCCAUGUCGCUGCCCGUGCCGGCGGUCGACAACUUUGCCCUGCACGCCUUCCCGUCCCUGGACCUGUUCGACCCAUCCAUGGGCGCGGAUAUGGUGUCGACCCCGGUGUCUCUGCCGGCGUCGCCAGCAGAGGACGCCGCCACCGCUGGCUCGCAAGGCUCUCCAAGCUUCCGCUGUCGCACGUGCCACCGCCCGUACCCUUCGCGGUCCCGCUUGCGCAAGCACGAGCACACGCACACACGACCCUUUGCCUGCACCGUCUGCCACAAGGCCCACGCCGCCAAGAAAGACCUGCACCGGCACCUGUGGUCGACGCACCCGGAGGCAGCGGCCGCACAGGGCAUUCCGAGCCCCAUGCGCGUGUGUCACGUGCCGGGCUGCGGCUUUGAGUCUCGGCAGGACAACUUGACACGGCACAUCCGGACAAAGCAUCCCGACGAGCGCGUAUGA